AUGGCUGCUAUUGUUAGCACUUAUGGUCUUGUUUACGUUGUAUCUACUAGACCAAGUGACGUUAAAAAGAAAAAAAGAGGAUAUACGCGUAAUAUUGCACUAUCAAAUGAAAAGAAAGCUGGAAAAAAGGUGAACAUUACUGUUUCUGAAAUAAGUGGAAGACUAGUUGGAGAAAGUGCUCAGCGAUACAUUUCAGAGGCAAGCUGUGUUAUUCGAAAGUAUGGCAAGUGGAAAGCACCUAAAUGGGGCAAGCUUCCUAAAGAUGAUAGAGAUCAACUGCUAAGAAUUACUAAUAAUAGUUUCACUUAUGAUGGAGGAGAGCAUAUGAAACCAGCUUUAAUUAAGCAAUUAAAUUCACAGUAUAGAAGUCGACGUUAUAAUUUUCACAUGCUAUUCAAAAAAUAUGGCUCAGAGGAGGAAGCUCUUGCACGUCGACCAGAAUAUGUGGAAGAAUCAGAUUGGAUUUACCUUUGCGAUUACUAUUGUAGUCCAGAAUUCAAGGCCUUAAGUGAGCGAAAUAAGCUGAACAGAUCAAAGCAGCAAACUGCCCAUACAGCUGGAACGAAAUCAUUUUUACGUCAUAAGGAUGACCGGGAAGCUAAGGAGGGAAGGACAGUUGGACCAAUUGAACUUUAUGACAUGACACAUUUUAGUCGAAAGAAGAAUGCUAUGGUUGACGAGACAUCAACUGAAAAACUGAGCAAAAUGAAGGAGUUACAGCUAGAAGCUCAAUCUAGUGGUGUAAAUCGAACCGAAGAAGACAUCUGUAUUGAGGUGACAGGGCGUAUAACUGGAUAUGUACGUGGUCGUGGCCCCUCCAAGGCUAGUUUAAUUACACAAAAACUUGCAGAGAUAGAAGAAUUCAAAAAAAGGGUAGAACAAGCUGAGAAACGAUCAGCUGAAUUGGAAGUUCAAGUCCAAUCUCAACAGCAACUGAUGCAAAGGCUUGAGAAUCAACAAGCUGAAAUGCAAAACCAGCAGCUUGAAAUGCAGGAACUCCUCAAGGCUUUACGAGCAGAAUUACAGUCCAAGAACCAAGGCAAUGGAAAUGCAUCUGGUAGUAAUAGCUGGUAA